AUGAGUGACACUAUCCAAGACGUUUUAAUCAUCGGUGCUGGGCCUGCCGGGCUUUCAGCAGCGCUGACACUAGCUUAUCAAUGCCACACAGCCAGCGUUUUCGACACCAAGCAAUAUCGUACAGACUCCGGACAAAGCUCGCCACAGAUAAAUGUGCUUUCAGGGUGGGAUGGACGAACCCCCCAGGAGUACCGGUCCACAGCCAGGCAGGAGAUAGCUGCCUACAACACCGUCACCUUCCACGAUACCGAGAUCGUGUCGAUAUCACGGAACGCCCAAGGCAUUUUCGAAGGUUCUGAUGGCAGUGGAAAACUCCAUAAAGGGCGCAAGAUUAUUCUCGCACAUGGCGUGCGGGAGGAAUACCCUGAUAUACCGGGCUACGGGGAGUGCUGGGCAAAGGGCAUUCUUCACUGCCUCUUCUGCCACGGCUACGAUGUCCGAGACUCGCCCUCCUCAGGCGUCUUAGCAGUUGACUGGAUCGCCAUGCCGCCCUUCACUCUCCACAUGGCGCACAUGGCCGCGCAACUCUCACACACCGUAAUCAUCUACACACAUGGCAACCCCGAUCUCGGGCUCCAGCUCACAGGCCUAUGCAGUCCCGAUUCCCCUUGGAAAACAGACGACCGCCGCAUCUCGGCGCUGGAAAUGGAAUCGCUGACUCCGCGCCGUAUCAGGAUUUCCUUCGAAGAUGGAAGUUCGGUCGUCGAGCCGUUCCUGGCGCAUGCGCCGCGAAGUGUGCUUAGAGGAACGUUUGCGGAGCAGUUGGGGAUUGGGCUGACAAGCUCCGGGGAGUAUGAUAUUUCUGGCUCGAAGGUUGGGGAGACGAGCGUGGAGGGGGUUUAUGCGGCGGGGGAUUGCGCGACGGUGUUUAAGGUUGCGCCGAAUGCGGUUGCUUCGGGGAGUGUGGCGGGGUCGGGGGUGGCGAUUAGAAUUCAGGAGGAGAAGCAUGGGAUAAAAUCUAUUAUGGGCUAG